UAUGUAAAUUUUCAAAUAGCAUAGCUUUCCAGACUGAUGUUAAUACUUGGUUCUGGUCAGAAAAUCUCAUCUUGAUUUUGUCAUCUUUCUUCUUUUGUGCUGGCAAGAGCUGACAGCUAUUUAAAUGAGAAUUAAAAAUAGGAUCCUGUGAAGUACAUGUUCCUUUUCUUUCCUGCCAGGAUAUAACUGACCACAGAACUGGGGUAUCUCUCUUUCUCUCUCGCUUGAAAAAAAUUACCACAAGCUAUGCUAUCAAAUAUGGAUAAAAGCCAGUGAUGAAAAAUAUAACUAAGAGAUAUGCCAGUGGUCCAAAUACUUUCACUACCCUAAUAGAACAUAUGUUUUUUUCUUAUUCUUGAAAGAUUUUGAAGGCUAAAAUGCCACUAGUUUAUGUAAAACUGGUGGUGUUUUCACAUAACAAUGAAAUGCCAUCAUUGUAAUCUGUGAUUAAUCCACAUUGUGAGUUGGCUUUGGCUGCUGGGCCCUUUCUGUAUUAUUAUCACAAAUGGAAGAACCUCAGCUUAUGGAAAGUGGGAGCUGGGAUGGUGGAGAAAAAGGGUAAUUGUAUGACAGACAGGGGAUUGUGUGAAAAAGCCUUUUGGCUGGGGGAAGAUAGAUUCUUAUUUAUCACUGGAACUGACUAGAGCAAGCCUAGCUUGGGAUUGGAGCUGGGAAUGGGCUCUAAAGCAUACUCUUACUAAAGAUUUGACAUGUGGUUGGUUCAUUUGUUUGCUCCUUCAUCAGAUAUUCAUUGAGUUUUAUAAUGUGUUUUAUAAUGAAGUCUACAUGACAUCCAUUGUGUCACCUCAGAGCUGCUGGUCAUGCUGAACUAAUAAUAUAUCAGGAAAGUAGAAGUCAUGUGGGGGUAGCUUGUCAAAUUCAGAAGGAGGCCAUGUAUGCUCCAUUAGUUCUAUAACAUUCCAGAAUUCAUUCAUUCAGCAAACAUUCAUUGACACUUGCUAAGGGCCCAGUGCUGUUUUAAAACAGCUCUGCAGAGAUGAACCUGACACAGCAACUGACAACUAGAGUUCCCAGUUUGGGGAGUGAGGAAGGAGGUAGAAGAGACCAUUAAGAUGUCAAGCAGAGGCAGAGCCUGGGAGCGCUGAGGAGGGAGCAUUAAGCCAGGCAAGAAGAGUCAUGAGGCUUCCAAAGGAAGUGACCACUGAGCUGACUGUCAAGAAAUUGAGAGAGUGGUAGCCAAUGAAGGAGAAGGGACUUUCAGACUUUAUUCAUUUUGGUGCUCUCUCUUUUGGGAGUCCAUGGCUAACCGUAGCUAACAGAUAUUAGUCACCCUUUUAUUUAAACUUCUCUGACAAUGAGGUUUGACUGAUUUCUUUCUGUAAGUAGUUUUCAGCAAAUCUCCAACCCAGGAAAUUCUUCCCUAUAUUGAACUUAUGUCUGCCCUCUCCUGAGAAUUCAAAUUCUCUCCUGGCAUUCUGACUUUUGUGGAAACCAUGAGUUGGGAGUUGAUGAGGAAGUUGGAAGGUUUGUGAAUUUAUUUCAUGUUGCUUCUGGAGUCCAAAUGCUCAGCACUGGCAUGGAGGAACUUACUGGUAAGCAGGUACUAUGCAGUUUCCUUCCAUUGUUAAUUUUUUUGGUUAUUUCUCUUCUGAGAUAUGUGUCUACAAAGCAAUCAUAUUAGCCAGUAGGUGGAGUACUUUAUUAGAAAUAGCAUGCUUUAGUAGUAUGUGUCAAAUUGUAGAGGAAAACAAAGUUUCAUAAUUAUGAAAAAUGUUUAGAGUAUUUUUGUAUUUAUAGCUUUCUCUAUGAGAUCCUAGAAGGGAAUGAAUAAUCUUUUUUGGGAGGGGGAUGAAUAAUCUUGAUGAGAUUCUGGGCAGUUAAUUUACUUUUACUGGGACUUUUUGUGGAAUGAGGCACCAUGUGUCUGGAUACUGCCAGUCAGAAUUUAAAAUUGUUUUAUAAAACAGCUGUCCAAGUCACUUGCAUGCCUCUCUUGAAAGCUACACUUUCUGGCAAUCUGUAUCUCUAACAAAGCUGUAACUGCUCUGUGCUUAUUCAUGAUGGGUCUAAGCUCUCUGUGGGUAUUUAAAGAUAUGUGUAUAAUUUGAUUUUUUCCUUAGCUAAAGUAAAAGCCCAGGUAGUGGGGUGUUGAGAAAACACUGCACACAGAUUAUAAGUGUCACAUAUGAGCUUUCUAUUAUAACCAAGCGACUGACACAUUAGACACCCCUUUGCCAUCAGUUUACAUUCUCUGAGAACUUAGGUCAGUGCCUUAAAAUAACCCUGCUAAUUGUGAGGGGCACAUGUGGAAUGAAAUUCCAGUUAGCAGUCCGGGAGCCGAGUGACUGAGGAUUUGAAACCUUACUAUAGUUACAGUUCACAACAAGCCUCUAGGCAGUUAGGCCCUCAGGUAUGGAAAGAAAGUCUUAUGUUGUGUUUUAGGUUCUCUGUUUGUAAAACUGGUUAACUAACCUGUGACAGCUGGUUAAAAACCAAAUCGACUUGAGUUACAAGAUCUGAACUUUCUCUGCUCUGCUUGCAACCUCUUGGUUGGUGGUGGAGUAACUGACAGAAACGAAUGGCUUGGUUGAGGGACAUGAAAUUGCAGCAGCCUGUUUAGGACCCCACUACGUUUUGGAACUCUUCGUGCUGUGCAGUUCAGGACAUUUGUGAAGAUAUUUCUGAUCAUGUUGAACAAAUCCAUGCCCUUCUCGAAACGGAAUUCUCCUUAAAGCUGCUGUCUUACUCUGUCAAUGUGAUAGUGGACAUUCACGCAGUGCAGCUCCUUUGGCACCAGCUCCGAGUCUCAGUGCUGGUUCUGCGGGAGCGCAUUCUGCAAGGUCUGCAGGACGCCAAUGGCAACUACACCAGACAGACGGACAUUCUGCAGGCUUUUUCCGAAGAGACAAAGGAGGGCCGGCUUGAUUCUCUAACAGAAGUGGAUGACUCAGGACAGUUAACUAUCAAAUGUUCUCAAAAUUACUUGUCUUUGGAUUGUGGCAUUACUGCAUUCGAACUGUCUGACUAUAGUCCAAGUGAGGAUUUGCUCAGUGGCCUGGGUGACAUCACCUCUAGCCAGGUCAAAACCAAACCCUUUGACUCUUGGAGCUACAGUGAGAUGGAAAAGGAGUUUCCUGAGCUUAUCAGAAGUGUUGGGUUACUUACAGUGGCUGCUGACCCCAUCCCUUCCAACUGCAGUGAAGCAAUUAGUGAAGAGGCAUCCCAAGUAUCUCUUUCAGCAGAUGACAAAGGGGGGUGUGAGGAAAACAGUACUUCUGCAGUUGAAGAGCAAGCAGGCAUAACACCGGAGAUGUCAUCUUCAGGGGAAGCUCUGACAAAUGCUGUUCAACCCUCCUCUGAGACUGUGAAGCAAGAACCCAAUUCCUCUUCCCAUCUUGGUGCAAAGAACCAACAGCCUCUUCCUUGUGAAAAUGCAACCCCCAAGCGAUCCAUCAGAGAUUGCUUUAAUUAUAAUGAGGACUCUCCCACACAGCCCACAUUGCCAAAGAGAGGGCUUUUUCUUAAAGAGGAAACUUUUAAGAAUGAUGUGAAAAGCAGCGAUGGAAGGAAGCAGUUGGUUGAUCUGAAGCCUGAGAUGAGCAGAAGCACUCCUUCACUGGUGGAUCCUCCUGACAGAUCCAGGCUUUGCCUGGUGUUACAGUCUUCCUACCCCAACAGCCCUUCUGCUGCCAGCCAGUCUUAUGAGUGUUUGCAUAAGGUGGGGGAUGGGAACCUUGAAAAUACAGUGAGAAUUCACAUUAAAGACAUCUCUUCGAGCCUGGGAAGGCUUAACGACUGCCAUAAAGAGAAACCUCAACUUAAAAAGCCACAGAAAAUCUCAGAAGAGGUGCCUCCAUGCCGAACACCUAAACGGGGAACAGGUUCAGGCAAGCAAGCUGAAAACACAAGGAGCUCAGUAGUGCCAAAUGGAAUGCCUUCUUGUACUUCUAAGGCCAUAGAGGAGCCAGAAACAAAUUCUGCUUCUACAUCCUCAUUUGAGCCAUGUAAUCAGAGAAGUGGGAAAGCCAAAUUGCUAGUGCAGUCAGAAACAUCCAGUUCACCACCUUUUACUCAGAGCAGUGAAUCCUCUACUGGCUCAGACAACAUCACGUCUCCAGUGCCACUUCUUUCAAAACACAAAAGCAAAAAAUGUUACUCUUCCUCCCCUAGUCAUGUCACCAGGAAUGGUCAGGUUGUGGAGGCCUGGUAUGGCUCUGAUGAAUACCUAGCUCUGCCCUCUCACCUUAAGCAGACAGAAGUAUUAGCAUUGAAGUUAGAAAACCUAACAAAGCUUCUGCCUCAGAAACCCAGAGGAGAAACCAUUCAGAAUAUUGAUGACUGGGAGCUGUCUGAAAUGAAUUCGGAUUCUGAGAUCUAUCCAACAUACCACGUCAAGAAGAAACAUACAAGAUUAGGCAGGGUGUCUCCAAGCUCAUCCAGUGACGUAGCCUCUUCGCUGGGGGAGAGCAUUGAAUCUGGGCCCCUGAGUGACAUUCUUUCUGAUGAGGAAUCAUGUAUACCUCUCUCUGGUAUGAAAAAAUACAUCAAUGAGAAAUCAGAAAGAGCUUCAUCCUCUGAGAAAAAUGAUAGCCAUUCUGCUACUAAAUCAGCUUUAAUUCAGAAAUUGAUGCAAGAUAUUCAGCACCAAGACAACUAUGAAGCCAUAUGGGAAAAAAUAGAGGGAUUUGUAAACAAGCUAGAUGAAUUCAUUCAAUGGUUAAAUGAAGCCAUGGAAACUACUGAGAAUUGGACUCCUCCUAAAGCAGAGAUGGAUGGCCUUAAACUGUACCUGGAGACACACUUGAGUUUUAAGUUGAAUGUAGACAGUCAUUGUGCUCUCAAAGAAGCUGUGGAGGAAGAAGGACACCAACUUCUCGAGCUUAUUGCGUCUCACAAAGCAGAAGGACUGAAGGACAUGCUGCGGAUGAUUGCAAGUCAAUGGAAGGAGCUGCAGAGGCAAAUCAAACGGCAACACAGCUGGAUUCUCAGGGCUCUGGAUACCAUCAAAGCAGAGAUACUGGCUACUGAUGUGUCUGUGGAGGAUGAGGAAGGGACUGCAAGCCCCAAGGCUGAGGUUCAACUAUGCUACCUGGAAGCACAAAGAGAUGCUGUUGAGCAGAUGUCCCUCAAGCUGUACAGCGAGCAGUACACUAGCAGCAGCAAGAGAAAAGAAGAGUUUGCUGAUAUGUCAAAAGUUCAUUCAGUGGGAAGCAAUGGGCUUCUGGACUUUGAUUCAGAAUAUCAGGAACUCUGGGAUUGGCUGAUUGACAUGGAGUCCCUCGUGAUGGACAGCCAUGACCUGAUGAUGUCAGAGGAGCAGCAGCAGCAUCUUUACAAGAGAUACAAUGUGGAAAUGUCCAUCAGGCACCUGAAAAAGACGGAGCUGCUUAGUAAGGUUGAAGCUUUGAAGAAAGGUGGCGUUUUACUACCAAAUGAUCUCCUUGAAAAAGUGGAUUCAAUUAAUGAAAAAUGGGAACUGCUUGGGAAAACCCUUGGAGAGAAGAUCCAGGACACAAUGGCAGGGCACGGUGGGUCAGGUCCACGUGACUUGCUCUCUCCUGAAAGCGGAAGCCUGGUAAGGCAGCUGGAGGUCAGGAUCAAAGAACUGAAAGGGUGGCUAAGAGAUACAGAGCUUUUCAUCUUCAAUUCCUGUCUGAGACAAGAAAAGGAAGGAACAAUGAAUGCUGAGAAACAACUGCAAUACUUUAAGUCCCUCUGUCGUGAAAUCAAGCAGCGACGUCGAGGAGUGGCCUCAAUUCUGCGAUUAUGCCAGCAUCUUCUGGAUGACAGGGACACCUGCAAUCUGAAUGCAGACCACCAGCCCAUGCAGCUGAUCAUUGUAAAUCUUGAAAGAAGGUGGGAAGCUAUUGUCAUGCAAGCUGUCCAGUGGCAAACACGGCUACAAAAGAAGAUGGGAAAGGAAUCUGAGACUUUGAAUGUGAUUGAUCCUGGCUUGAUGGACCUAAAUGGGAUGAGUGAGGAUGCUCUGGAAUGGGAUGAAAUGGAUAUAAGUAACAAGUUAAUUAGUUUGAAUGAAGAAUCAAAUGACCUUGAUCAUGAACCCCAACCUAUUAUGCCUUCCUUGAAACUCGCAGAGACAACUAGUGAGGACCCUGGUUAUGAAGAGGAGGCAGGUGACCAUGGGGGAUCUCAAUAUGCCUCAAAUAUUACUGUCCCCUCCAGUCCACACAUUUACCAAGUAUACAGCCUCCACAAUGUUGAACUCUAUGAGGAAAACCACAUGCCAUUUCUGAAAAACAAUCCAAAGUUCACUGGCAUGACGCAGCCUAAUGUUUUAACUAAGAGUCUCAGUAAAGACUCUUCAUUUUCAUCUACCAAAUCUCUACCAGAUCUUCUAGGGGGGUCCAAUUUGGUGAAGCCCUGCCCAUGCCAUGGAGGAGACAUGAGCCAGAAUUCAGGCAGUGAGAGCGGAAUCGUCAGUGAAGGAGACACAGAAACCACUACCAACUCUGAAAUGUGCUUGCUCAAUGCAGUAGAUAGAUCCCCAAGUAACCUUGAAACUGAACAUCUGGACCCACAAAUGGGAGAUGCAGUUAACAUGUUAAAGCAAAAAUUUAAAGAUGAGGGGGAACACACUAAGCUUCCAAAUAGCUCUCAGUCAUCCAUUUCACCAGUGGGUUCUGUAAAUGGAAAAGUUGGAGAUUUAAACAGUGUUACCAAACAUACCCCUGAUUGUUUGGGAGAAGAAUUACAAGGAAAACAUGAUGUGUUUACAUUUUACGAUUACUCAUACCUCCAAGGCUCAAAACUCAAAUUACCAAUGAUAAUGAAACAGUCACAAAGUGAAAAAGCACAUGUGGAGGAUCCCCUGCUUCAUGGUUUUUAUUUUGAUAAAAAAUCCUACAAAUCUAAACAUCAGGCUACAGAGUUACAGCCAGAUGCACCUCCCCAUGAAAAGAUUUUGGCAAGUGCAUCCCAUGAAAUGGAUCACAUUUCAUAUAAAAGUGGUGAUAUAGAAAAGACAUUAACUGGCAUGCAGAAUGCCAAACAGCUCUCCCUUAUGUCUCAUAGUUCAUCUGUUGAGUCUCUUUCUCCAGGGGGUGAUUUAUUUGGAUUGGGCAUCUUUAAAAAUGGCAGUGAUGGCCUCCAGCGAAGCACUUCUUUAGAAAGUUGGUUGACAUCCUAUAAAAGCAAUGAAGAUCUUUUUAGCUGUCACAGCUCUGGGGAUAUAAGCGUGAGCAGUGGCUCAGUUGGUGAACUGAGUAAAAGAACAUUAGAUCUACUAAAUCGUUUAGAGAAUAUCCAGAGCCCCUCAGAGCAAAAGAUAAAGCGAAGUGUUUCUGAUAUCACUCUCCAAAGUGGUUCCCAAAAGAUGUCCUUUACUGGCCAGAUGUCAUUGGACAUAGCAUCUUCUAUCAACGAAGAUUCAGCAGCAUCUCUCACAGAACUUAGCAGCAGUGAUGAGCUCUCUCUUUGCUCAGAAGAUAUUGUGUUACACAAGAACAAGAUCCCGGAAUCAAAUGCAACCUUCAGGAAGCGCCUGUCUCACUCAGUGGCUGAUGAAAGCGAUGUCAACGUCAGCAUGAUUGUUAAUGUCUCAUGUACCUCUGCUUGCACUGAUGACGAAGAUGACAGCGACCUCCUCUCCAGUUCUACACUCACCUUAACUGAAGAAGAGCUGUGCAUCAAAGAUGAGGAUGAUGACUCCAGUAUUGCAACAGAUGAUGAAAUUUAUGAAGAAUGCAACUUGAUAUCAGGGCUAGACUAUAUAAAGAAUGAAUUGCAGACCUGGAUUAGGCCAAAAUUGUCUUUGACAAGAGAUAAGAAAAGGUGCAAUCUCAGUGAAGAGAUAAAAGGCAGUAAAGAUGUAAGUAGUAGUGAGAUGACCGAUCCCUCUGAUACCCUGAACAUUGAGGCCCUUCUAAAUGGCUCCAUAAAAUGUCAAUCUGAAAAUAAUGGAAAUGGUAAGAUUCCCUCCCAUACCCGUGAGUUAGGGACAAAAGGUGAAAAUAAGAAAAAUAUUUUCAAAGUUAAUAAAGAUCCGUAUGUGGCUGACAUGGAAAAUGGCAAUGUUGAAAGUAUUCCUGAAAGGCAAAGGGACAAAUUGAAUGUCCCAAAUUCUGGUUCAAAUGUGAAAAAGAUUUCAGAGAGUGAGCACUGUAAGUAUAAAGCAUUUAUGGAUAGUUCAGGUGAUUCAAAUACUGCCGAAAAGCAAUUUGUUCCCCAAACUGUUCAAUAUCUUCCAAAGAAAUAUCCAAAUUACCAUCAUUUUGAAAAUCAAAGCACUGCUUCUACUCCCACUGAGAAGUCUUACCCAGAACUGGCUUUAGAAACCAGGGUUAACAACAGACAAGACUCUGAUGUACUGAAAUCUUCAUCCGAUGAUGCACCAAGUAUGACUGGAAAAUCUGCUGGUUGCUGCCUAGCACUUGAGCAAAAUGAAACAGAGGAAAAUGCUUCUAUCAGCGACAACACUUCCUGUUGCAACUGUGAGCCAGAUGUUUUCCAUCAAAAAGAUGCUGAAGAUUGCUCAGUACACAACUUUGUUAAGGAAAUCAUUGACAUGGCUUCAACAGCCCUAAAAAGUAAAUCUCAACCUGAAACUGAGGUGGCUGCUCCUACUUCAUUAACUCAAAUCAAGGAGAAAGUGUUGGAGCAUUCUCACCGGCCUAUCCAGCUGAGAAAAGGGGACUUUUAUUCCUACUUAUCUCUCUCAUCUCAUGACAGUGAUUGUGGCGAGGUCACCAAGUACAUAGAGGAGAAAAGCAACACUCCAUUUCCACUAGACACUACCGACUCUGGCUUAGAUGACAAGGAAGAUAUUGAAUGCUUCUUUGAGGCCUGUGUUGAGGAUGACUCUGAUGGAGAGGAACCUUGUUUCUCUAGCACUGCUCCAAAUGAAUCUGCAGUUACUGAUGAAGCUGCAGUACCACAGCAAGCAGCAGCAAGUUCUUCUGAGUUCAGUGAUACUUCUCUCUUAGCUGAUGAUGCAGACAUAGUGGCUCUUUCAAGUCCUCCCCCUCAGAAAAGAGCUGAUGUUGGAAAGGAAGUGGAUGGUUUACCCCAAGCUUCCAGUGGCUGUGCAGAAAACUCACAGUUUACAAAUCCUUUAAGGCUGGGCAGAGAAAAGGAGAGUCCAGGGAAAACAGGUGAAUUUGGAAUGCCAGAAGAACAUAAUGCUCCUUCAGCCAAAUCUAAAGUUCAAGACCUCUCCUUGAAAUCAAAUCAGCCAAAAGACAAGGCUGCAUUGCAUCCCAGCCCCAAAACUUUAACCUGUGAAGAAAAUCUUCUAAACCUUCAUGAAGAACGACAUAGAAAUAUGCAUAGGUAGAAUGUACCCCCCCCAAGCAUGAAAAUCAUCUCACUGAAAGAUAAGCCUGGCUGCAACUCAGGGGUGGCCUCAUCUUCCCACCCUGAGCUGGUCUCUGAUUCUAUCAUGUUGUCACUGCCGGUUGUUACAUUGACUUCUCCCAAGAUGAAUCUUCCUUCCAAAUGCCAUUUCUCCACAUGAACCUUGUGAUCUGGAUGUGUACACUGGUUCUCUUUAGGUGAUUGUAUUUGAAGUUCAGCAAAGCUGCUUGUUCUCCCAUGGAUUCCUGUCCCAAGCUACCUCUGCCAACCCUCCCUCUCCAGCCAGACUUUUCUGUUUGUCUUCUCCCCUCCUUGUCUGCUCUUUAAAGUUCUGCAGUUUACCAAUUGAUGGUCCAUUAAAUUUGCCUGUCUGGAAUGACCCCCUUCCAGUACUUGACCAAUUUCAUGUUUCAAUCUGGAUUUUUUUAUGGUAUAAUGCCUAUGUUUAUUGAAAGAGUUUUACCUAAAAAGCCAAUAUUUGAUUUGAUUACAGCAUAGUGAAGAAACACUGGUCUUUCUUUCAAAAUUAAGCAACUUUUAGAAGCGCCAUUUUAUUUAUUUCAUUUAAAAAAUAAUAAUCUAUGCAGCACUUCAAGAAACAGCUAUAUGGUGUUGUAUAUUAUAAACUGGUGACAUUCUACUAUUAAAUUAUGUACAACAUUUUCAUUUUUUAUGCUUCUUGAGGUGGUAAUGAGAAAAAAGUUUUUUAAAAAAGUGUGCCUUGCUGUAUUUCUUAUACCAUUUAUUAAAAAGCUGCUUUCACGGUAAAAUUAUGUUGGUUUGAAAGGAGGAAAUAGCAAGGUUAAGAUGUGUGAAUAAUUUCUGUAUAUAUGUAUAACCAAGUACAAACAUUGAUGUAUAAUGACAGUAUAAAAUGCUUUCAUGUUUGUGAUGUCUAGUGAUGUGGAAAAUAUAAGCCUUAAAUCCAUUAGAUUGCAUGGUAAUUAAAAUUGGCAUAAUAAACACAGAUUGUUGGGGGAAAAGGAAAAUUAGUGAUCUCUUCUACCUGUGUUCCUUACCACAUUGUUGCAUCUGGUUCUGAUAAAAAUAUAGCAUGUUGCAGCUUCCCAAAUAUCUAUAUUGCUUAGGAGGCUUAAAUUUACUAAAACUAGAGAUUAGACAUGAAGACUUUACAGUUUUCAAAAUCUUUCUGGUCACCAUAAAGAUCUUGGAACAGUAAAUGAUUCCACACUAGUUCCCCUAAACCAAUAAAGAUUUAUAUUAGAUUUUUUUAUUUCUGCUUAUUAAUGGUUUGAUGUUGGAUUUCAGGAUACCUUGUAUGUCUUAACUUAUUUUAGAUAAUUUUUUUGGAUGGGUUUGAUAGAAAGAUGGUAGAAAAGUUUAGAAAAUUUGACUAUUAUUUAUAGAUUUCAGGUAUAUUUAUUUUGUGUAAAAGAAAUUAGCGAAGAAAUAUUCCAUUUAGUUUUUACUGACUCUUGUUAAAUACCUUUUUUAAUUUAUAUCGUUAACACCUACUCAAGUGCCUGACACAUAGUAGGUAUCCAAUAUAAAUUUGCUGAAUUGAAGUAUUGAAUUAGGUAAUAUGGAUGACAUCUAUCCCUUCAUUUUGAGAACGCUACACUAAAACAUGCACACAACUAGAAAAAGGUAUAAUGUAGUACACAAUCACACACAAUAUAUGAUCAAUUUGUAUCAGAUUUCAAAAAGGGAAAGAAUAUUGUGGGUUCGUGUAGUCACAGGAAUGACAAUCAUUCAUUGAACAGAUAGUACAGAAACACUUUUUAUCUGCAAGCCACUAUUCCAGAUUCAGAGGAUACAAUAAUUAGCAAACAGACAAAGGCCCUCUGCUCAGCAGGCUUACCUACAUUAAGGACAAAGUGAACACACAAA